UGAACGAGCAGGGACCAAUCGGCACGGUGCUGCCGGAGAGUGCUGGCUCUCUUACACCAAGAUAGGGGAAAAGACUGAAUAAAAGGAAACCGUGCCAGUGAGCCUGUAAUGACCACAAAACCCCACGGAGGAGCCUAGAUCCGCCGCCAUUGGAUAUUUUCUCCUGUUUUCUCUUCAUUCCCAUGCGUUCCUCGCUGUGGAUUAUUGUGUUUGGCAUUGGGGCGGACGGAAUGGAUAAGGCCAUGGCCCUAACAUAUUGAAUAGCUCGUUGGUGGAGGGGGGAGGCGAGACGCGCACCGUGGAGACAAUUCAUGGGGCAUUAUGCGGGUAGGAAAAUGGUGGAUUAUUUGAACUGUGUCACAAAAAUCUUUCCCCGUCUGGAUAUCCUGCCGUAAGACGCUGUUUGGUGGCAUUUCAGCGGCUGUCCCGGCCUUGUCUACGGUAACCGAGGUCGUGUUGUAGCGGUUGGUAGGUAGGUCCCCCCCCCCCCUCUCCCCACCUAGAGCUCGAUCCGAACGACCUUAUCCAUUUCUAUUCUUUAUAUACAUGUAGGAUUCUUGCCUUCGUCGCGACGCGUUCACCCUCCCCUCUCUGAAACUCACAUUUGGAAACAAUAAACUGUUGGAUUACCGAACUAUGGAUUUCAACAGCGGCAGCGGCGGCGGCGGGGGAAACGAGCUGCACAACAACCAGUUUUAUCAGUGCGAGGAGAACAAGCCUCUGCUGGGGGAGAUGUCGGAGGGCAAUAAUAACACCAAGCUGGGCGCAGGGCCGUGCAAGAGGUCCCUGCACCACUGCAGCAGCAGCGGGAUGCGAUACAAGCUGCUCCACGAGGGGGACAUCCAGGUGUGCGUGGUGAAACACCCCCGCACCUUCCUCAGCAAGAUCCUCACCUCCAAGUUCCUGCGGAGGUGGGAGCCGCACCACCUCACGCUCACAGACAGCAGCCUGACCUCGGCCACCCCCACCGGUUACAUGGAGGCGUCAUUGUUGUACAGCUCCAUAGAGGACCUGCAGCUCCUCUCAUGGGAAAAUGCUCCGAAGUACUGUGUCCAGCUGAGCUUCCCCGGUGGCACCGUCCUGCUGCAGGCUGCAAACAGCUACUUAAGAGACCAGUGGUUUCACUCCCUGCAGUGGAAGAAAAAGAUCUACAAGUACCGGAAGGUCCUAAACAACCCGAGUCGCUGGGACGUGGUGCUCAAGGAGAUCAGAGCGCUGGUGGACAUGGCUCUGACCUCACCGCUCCAGGACGAGUCCAUCCACCAGGCUCCACUGCACAUCAUCUCCACCCUGCUGGCUGAGAACUCUAAUCUAAGCACUCAGGAUCAUGAGAACAUCAUUGUGGCCAUUGCUCCUCUUCUGGAAAACAACCACCCACCACCUGACCUGUGUGAGUUCUUCUGUAAGCACUGUCGAGAGCGGCCGCGUUCAAUGGUCGUGAUUGAAGUGUUCACUCCGGUGGUCCAGAGAAUCCUUAAACAUAACAUGGAUUUUGGGAAAUGCCCUCGACUGCGUCUCUUCACUCAGGAGUACAUCCUGGCUCUCAACGAGCUGAAUGCCGGGAUGGAGGUCGUCAAAAAGUUCGUCCACAGCAUGCACGGGCCAACAGGGCAGUGCCCUCACCCGCGUGUCCUGCCAAACCUGGUGGCAGUGUGCCUCGCCGCCAUUUAUUCCUGUUAUGAGGAGUUCAUCAACAGUCGGGACAACUCCCCCAGCCUGAAGGAGAUCCGAAACGGUUGCCAGCAACAGAAUGACCGCAAACCCCCGAUGCCGCUCCGCCUCCUGCGCCCCGAGCCUCCUACGCCACCUCCUGCCACCCUCCUCCCCCUCUCCACCAACCCGGGUCCUCCUCAGCCGCCUCCACCUGUCCCCUCAAACCCCACCCCUUCCAUCCCCAUCUCCUCCCCGACACCCUCCUUGCCCCUCUCCCCUCCUCCGUCCGUCGUCAACUCCAGCGAGAUCCUGGUGGAGCUGGAGCGAAACAACAACUCGGCCAACACCAGGCGGAAGGGCGGGCCAUCAGGGGGCGACAGCGAACCCAACCUCAUCGACUGUCUGCUGGUCAGCCCGGCUGUCAACACUCUGUCCAUCCAGCUGCCAGCACAGGCUGACCGAGUGCUGGGCUGCUUCGCUCUCAUCCUCAAGAUGCUGUCGGACUACGAUGACUGGAGACCUGCCCUGGCCAGCCUGCUGCAGCCCAUCCCCUUCCCUAAAGAGGCCCUUGCACAUGCCAAAUUCACAAAGGAACUGAAAUAUGUUAUUCAGAGGUUUGCAGAGGACCCGAGGCAGGAGGUUCAUUCCUGCCUGCUCAGUGUGCGUUCAGGUAAAGAUGGCUGGUUCCAGCUCUACAGUCCAGGAGGUGUGGCCUGUGAUGACGACGGAGAGCUGUUUGCCAGUAUGGUUCAUAUCUUGAUGGGCUCCUGCUAUAAGACCAAGAAGUUCCUCCUCUCUCUGGCUGAAAACAAACUGGGUCCCUGCAUGCUGCUGGCCCUACGUGGAAACCAGACCAUGGUGGAGAUCCUGUGUCUGAUGCUGGAGUACAACAUCAUUGACAACAAAGACACCCAGCUUCAGAUCAUCUCCACCCUGGAGAGCACCCAGGUCGGCCUCCGCAUGUAUGAACAGCUCUGCGAUCGACAGAGAGAACUCAAAGAACUGCAAAGAAAAGGAGGCCCCACCCGGCUGACUCUGCCCUCAAAGUCCACGGAUGCGGACUUGGCCCGCCUGUUGAGUUCAGGUUCCUUUGGAAAUUUGGAAAACCUGAGCCUGGCCUUCACCAAUGUCACCAGUGCCUGUGCCGAGCAGCUCAUCAAGCUGCCGUCGCUCAAACAGCUCAACCUCUGGUCCACACAGUUUGGAGACGCAGGGCUGAGGUUGCUAUCUGAGCAUCUGGCCUGUCUUCAGGUUUUGAACCUAUGUGAGACUCCUGUCACUGAUGCUGGUCUGCUGGCUCUCAGUUCCAUGAAGAGCCUGUGCAGUCUGAACAUGAACAGCACCAAGCUCACAGCUGAUACAUACGAGGACCUCAAGGCCAAACUGCCCAACUUGAAAGACGUUGAUGUUCGGUACACAGAGGCCUGGUGAUCCACCACACUCACACGCACCCCUCCCCUCUCAUACAUAACCAGACACACACACACAUAAACAUAUGCACGCAUUGCACACAGGCUCAGAUACAUAACAUGAAAAUUGCGUGGCGACGGCAUCUCCAUCAUCACCAUCAUUAGACGAGGAACGAACUCUGACAUCAUCCCAGUGUGAGAUAUGCCUGAUUUGUCUCUGACAAACAAGCAUCAGAGGAGGAGGAGCCUUCGUCACCAGCCCCUGUAGUGACGCCGUCACCAGGAAGGAACUGUUCAGUCAGUGUCGGCGUCACUUUUUUCUAAGUGAAUGAAAUCUUUAUGACCCUCAUUGCUCCCCGUACUUCUCUCACCAAGGACCUUGGUUUUCAUCGACAUGAUCAGACGACAUGCAAGGACCCACUAUAUUGUGGCUAUAUUGGGACCCUUUUCUCUCUCUGCCUUUAUCCUUUGCCCUGCCUUUCACAUAUUCUAUAUGGUCUAAAUCCAGCUCUCACGUCGUUGCCCUCCCACCUCUGUGUGUCAUGAAGACACCCUGAAUCGACCCCGUACCCUCGGAGCCUUCCUCUUUUUUUUCGUCUCUCCUGCCCUCAUGCGAUGAAGGCUAGAAACAGCAGGUCACAUUCCAGUCCUUCUCCAAUCCUAUCCACGAUGUAGCUCUCCAAAACAGACGUGUUGAACUGUUAUGAUCACUUCAGUCCUCACUCUUAUGCUCUUUGGCUUCAGUUUUUAGGGUCAGAUUCCGGCUUGUUCGAGUCUUUCAUUGGGAAAAUGAGGUGCUACCUCCCAGAAAAGAAGAGUUGCAAGACUGUGCCUAAUCUUCAUAUACAACACGUUCACACACACACACACACACACACACAGGAAAAAAAAAAGAGAAAAAAAAAGUUUUUAUCAACUUGAAUGAACAUAUUUUUCCAAACAUCUGUGCUUUCAUAUAUUGUGUGUUUCUAUAUAAUACAUGAAGAUAACCCCAGUGCUGACAUUUCUGGAGUCUGUAGGAAAGUCAAACAGCGAUGGCAACAUUUGUUCCUUUUCCAUUUGUUUUCUGUGUACAUACUUUAAACACCCCCCUUACUAUUUAAUAGGACAGUUGUGUAGCAGUAGCUGGGUGGUCUGGGACUGCCUAAUAUUUAUAAGUUGUGUCUUCAGAACCUCCUUUAUUCUGUCUCUCCUGGAUUUUGUCCUGACUAAUGAAGUACACAGGCCAUGUUGUUUUGCAACAAAUAACACAAGAAGCCAACCAAGAGGGUGCCCAUACAUGAAUCUCUCUGUACCUUGCCAUGGUGGUAACACAGACCUGUAAAUUGGGCUUGCAGGAAUUCUAAAGUGGACCUGUAAACGAGACCCAUCACCAGCUGAGAGUUGUAUAUUUUCAUAUCCUCUGCUAUUUUUUGGUUCUUUUGUACAGACGGUUGAAGACAGUUUUGAAAAGAAGAAAGGGACACUUGCCAAACAUCGUCACCCCCAUUGAGUUUUUGUUGUGUGCACUUGUUUCAUCAGGCCAACGUGAGUGUGGUUUUAGUACUGACUGGUGUAAGUGGAAGCUGUUGUAACCUGCCUGUGGAGAGAGACUGACACGGUUUGUGUUCACGUCUCUGACACCCCCCCCCCCUUCCUGUUGAGGUCUGAGUGAAGGAUCACAGUGCCUCUAGUGGAGCCUCCUGUAUUGUUUUUAAUCUUUUGUCAGACCUCCUGUUUUAAAUUGUUCUGCUGUAAUAAUAAGACGCCAUAAUACAUGGGUGACAUUUUUAGGCUGUAUGGAUAAAUGAUUCUCAUCAGAGGAUGAGACAAAAUUAUUGUACAUAUUCUGUCACAAUGGGCUAUAAGGGACAAACGAUUGGGGGGAAAAAGGCACCUUUCGGCCAUGUCUGCCUGUCUACAUUCCCUCAAAAUGUUGCCUGUUUAUUGUGGCAGCAUUACACAUGAUGUGGUAACUGCCCUGACACUGCAAGUAUGUCAGAAUCUCUUUCUCCUGUCUGUCCUGAUGUGGUUUGGGUUGAGACGGGUCAUGUUCCCACCCUUAUUUCAGUCAACCUCGCUCUGACUGCCUCCAUCCAUUUUAUUUAUUUGCGUCGACCUCCAGAAUGCUCCAGAUGUUUGUAGAAUCGAGGCAGAAGCUGCAGCAGAGAACAGGAUGCCGUCCGCUAUGAGAUGCUUUGUUUCCUAUUUAUUGAGUGCCAUGACAGUUUUCUGUUUGGCCUGUAGACUCGGUUUGUGUACGGCCAUCUUUAGGUCUGGCUUUAGGACCUCGUGCUCUCUUUCAUAUCCUGUAUGAUGUAUAUACGAGUGUAUAUAGUCGUCUCUUCCUUUCCUCCCUUUGAACCAUUUUUGAAUCCUUCCCACUUUUCUUAUUCUUCACCUCUUUUCUCUAUUUUUCUCGGCCUCCCUUCAUUGGCAGGCUGUUGUUGCCUUCAUCUUAAUGUGUGUGGUUGUGUUUUGUUUUUUGUUUUGUUUUUUCACACAAAGUGCACUGUAAUCUAAAAAAAAAAAUGUUUUCAAUGCAUAAUAUCUUUUAAGUUUCCGGCGUCAUUGAGUUGAUUACUUUAAUCAAGCAUUUGUUUCCUGUGUUCUUGUUGCUUAGUUUUUAGGUUUUUUUUGGUUUGUUUUUUUUGCAUGUACAUGUUGCUGCGUCAUCUGGUAUUUUUAUUUUGUAAUUUUGUUUUAUAAAAAGUUUAAAAUAUAAUAAAGGGUCUGAUCACUAUCUCACUGAGGUUGAGGACUGAAAUGGAGAGACGCCAUCUAUCAGCUGUUUUCUGAUUGGUUGUUGCCAGGAUCUACCCAUGAGUCUUGACAGAGCCUUGGUCGAGGCGGUUGGGGUUUGAGUGAUAUUGAUUUUCGAAAAAGCCAAUACCAAUACUGGUACUUGCAGCUGCCUCUGGGUAAGAUUUCAUCAUUUAAGUUUGACUGUUUUCAUAUCAAAAAAAAAAAGUGCAAAUAUUUCUAGUUUACUCAAGAAUUUU